AUGAGCAAGAACAUAACAGUGCUGUUCGCACCCAUACAUUAUGUGGGCGCAGUUAAUUCGUCGAUUGGAAUGGCAGAAGUGCUCCGGGAUGGCGGACACCGGUGUAUAUUUGCUGUGAAUAGCGAUUGGAGGGCACGGCUCGAGUCAAUGGGGUUUGAGGUGCGAGUAAUGGGGGAGGAGGGGGACACAAGUGGUGACAAACCUGUGAUGGACUCAAUGGACAGGAACGCCGAGUCGGCCAAAGGUCACGGAAUACUGGACCCGAAGACCCCCUUAGAGAAGGCCUUAAUUGUGAUCAACAGUCUGACAGAGGAUAUAAGGAAUGAGGAGAGAAAGGAUCCAUACCUUCGAGCUAUCAUACAGUCCGUCAGACCCGAUGUUAUUAUAUCCGAUCACAUGGUCGCUGUGCCGGCUAUUAUCACAUCAGGCAUACCCUGGGUAUACAGUUGGAGUAAUAGUCCCCUAUCACUCGACUUUACCAUUGAGUGUCAAGACCUGCCUCCCUCUGUCUUAGGUUUGGCUAUAAAUAGUGACCCAAAAUUGUGGCAACAAUAUCGCAAACAACUCAAUGAAGCGAAGGCUAAAGUGUGGUAUGAAUACAGGGAUUGGUUGGUCUCGAAAGGGUGUCCCACACCACGGAAGUACCAGAUGUGGAUACCGUCCCCUUAUGCCAACUUUUAUAUGACUCCCAAAGAACUAGACUAUACAGACAUUAGGAAACUACCGGACAAUUACUACGGGUUUGACUGUUUUAAGCGCACCGGUAGUGAUGAGCGUACGUUUGACAUACCGGAGCCGUUGAGGAAUAGGUCGGGAAAGUUGGUUUACCUGUCGUUGGGCUCUAUGGGCAGCGCUAACGUGGACCUCAUGAAGAGGUUGGUCUCAAUUAUGUCGAAAUCCGAGCACCGGUUCAUUGUAUCGAAGGGUGUGUUUCACGACAAGUUCUCGUUGGCCGACAAUAUGUGGGGCGAGAGGUCUGUCCCGCAGAUCAAAGUGUUGCCAAUGGUUGACCUAAUCGUAACCCACGGCGGGAACAACACUCUCACCGAAAGCAUGUAUUUCGGGAAACCAAUGAUAGUUUUGCCCCUAUUUUUCGAUCAGUUCGAUAACGCACAGAGAGUACAGGAAAUGGGGUUUGGGGUCAGACUCGACCCCUUCCGGUGCUCUGAACAACAAUUAUUGGAUGCAAUCAAUAGUGUAUUAAAUGAUCAAACUAUGGCUCAAAAGUGCAAAAAGGCUUCAAUGAGAAUCCAAUCGGAGAAUAGUAUUGAGAAAAUCAAUGAUAUUGUCGAGAGUUUAGUGAAGUAAUUAAAUUCAUGUUUAACAUAACCU